GCUAAAUGUCCUUUUCGGUAUUUAUGCACAUAUCGAUAUUUUGGAUCGGCCAAUCAAAUUUGCCGUUGUAUACAUGAUACAGGUGUAAACAAAUUGUUGGCAACGAGCACUAUGCCAGCGCAGAAGAAAUAUUCGGGUAUCCAUGAAGCAGUUGCUUCAGGCGAUGUCAAUGCUUUGGAAACGAUGGUUAAAAGUGGAGCCAGUAUAAAUGAAGUGGAUGAUCGAGACAAGUUCACACCUCUACACUCUGCCUGUAAUGUUGGAGCCCUAGAGUGCCUACAUUGGUUGUUGUGGCAUGGAGCAGAUACCACAGUUACCACACCUAAAGGCUGGACCCCGGCUCAUAUUGCAGCAAUCAGAGGACAAGAUGCAUGUCUACAGGGUUUAGCAAACAAUGGCGUGAAUCUCAGUGCCAAGGAUCAUCGAGGGAGUUCACCAGGUCAUCUGGCCGCUGCACACGGCAACUCAUUUACACUGAAUACUAUUCUCCGAGCGGGAACAGGAUUUUUGAAUCAAGAUGGAGAAAAGGAUAUUAAUUCUACAGAUAAAAAUGGCUGGACCCCAGUUCACGCAGCUUGUUAUCAUGGGAGGCUCGGAUGUUUGCAGUUACUAAAUAAAUGGGGAGCCAGCAUCGAUGAAGUGGAUAAUAUUGGGAAUACCCCGGCUCACUAUGCUGCGGCUGAGGGACACCUGCCGUGCCUUAAGUUCCUUGUCAGUAUGGGUAUAAGUGCUACACAUAUCCUCGGAGCCCGCAACGAUCAGGGUGAAACCCCGAAAGAUCUGGCCCAUCAAUUUUACAAGGAUAAUGUCAUAGAGUAUAUUAAUGGAAUAGAAUGGGAGAGGGACCAUCCUGAAGAGGCAGAAAACCUGGCAUUCCCUGCCCAUGUUGCAGCAUUUAGUGGAGAUUUAGACCAUCUUAGAAUGUUGGUGGAGAAUGGAGUGGUCAACAUCAAUGAGAGGGAUGAUAAAGGUUCAACACCAGCUCAUAAAGCCGCAGGUCAAGGUCAUGUUCAUGUUUUACAAUGGCUGAUAGAGAUGGGAGCAAAUAUGUCAAUAACCAAUCAAGCAGGAGAAACACCAAGGGAUGUUGCCCGGCGAUUCUCUAAGCUUGCUUGUGUCAAAUUGCUGGGCCGGGAUCCAUACUUGAGAGGAGAGCAGGAGGAAGCUGAUGACCUGGGUUAUCCUGCUCUUUUGGCAGCAUUUUCUGGUGACCUAGAACAUUUAAAGAGUCUUAUAGAAAAAGGGGUUAGCAAUAUAAAUGAACAGGAUGAAAAGGGAUCCACAGCUGCUCAUAAAGCUGCAGCACAAGGACAUGUUCAUAUUCUACAAUAUUUGAGGGAGGCCGGGGCAGAUAUCAACUUGCGGAACUCCCAGGGUAAAACUCCCCUUAAUGUAGCACAAAAAUAUGGCAAUAGAACUUGUGUGAAAGUACUUGGAGGGAACCCAGAUGAUCUAGCACAUCUAGAGGAUUGGUCUGACGAUGAAGCCCUCGGGACUGAGGGCAAUACUGACGGGGCUUCACUUACUCUCACUGCCAAACAAAAGAAAGAAUCUAGAGGUCGUGCAAGACGGAAAGUUGAAGAUCUAGAGAGACUUCUUGAGAUUGCCAAGAGGAACUACACUCAGCUUGGAGGAACAUUACCAGAAGAUAGGAAAAGAUUGCAAACAAUCCGUGAUAAAGACAAGACAAUCAAUGAAUUAGAGGCCCAGUUAGAUUAUGAGAGGUUGAGGAGGGAAAAGUUGGAGGCUCAACUUGACCAGUAUCGUAGAGACAUGGCCGACCUUAGCUACAGGCUACAGAGCCGAAUGAACGAAGAUUCAGGGUCGGAUUAUGAUGCUGACUAUGGGAGUCGUCAAAGCCGGAGACAACCCGCUACAUCUUUAACGAAGAAACGAUCAGGUUCUAAAAAACGCACCCAAGAUGAUGGAGGUGUCUUCAUACGAAGAAACGUUACGAAGGAAAAACGUGGAAGUAGAUACCAUAAAGUUGUCUGAAGUGAAUACUGACCAUAGCUACGCAUUUCAGAUUUAUAAACAAAAAUUAGUUUGUGUUCACAUUCAGGAAAUCAACAUAAUGUAAUACAGUAGAUACUUUACAGUCAGAUGUUAUUUUGGUUUAUCAGCUCAAAUUUUCAAAUAAAAAUGGUUUUGGGAGUGAUAAUGGAAAUAAAAGUAAUGAAAGAGUGGACUAUAAAUAAACUUCUCGUAGUGACAAUAAUAUAGAUGUGUAUGUUUUGUGAUGAAUCAACUCAUCUGUACUUAAACGGUAUAUAAAAUGUAAUUCUUAACCUUGACCAUGCUAUUUUGUAGAAUGAACUUGGCCUGCAAGUAAAUUAGAAAAGUCCAAUGGCAGGAAAUUUAUUGCAUGGUCUGACUUUGUAUGGGUAGCAAAGGGAAGUCAUUUUCACUGCUUUUUUUAGCACUGACCAUGCUAAAUCUCUAGAAUGGACUUUUCCAUCUUUUACUCUGGACAAAACCAUUUAUCAUUUUUAAGGGAAUUUUUCAAAAUACUUAGUGACAGAAUAGCAAACAGUGCAGACCAUGAUCAGAUAAUUUUCAGAUAACAUAUGUUUAUGUCAAUUUUUGUUCCUUUAAUAUGGAAUUUGGAAUUAAUGUCAGCAAAUUUAUACCAUGCAAUAUGGAGGCAUGUUUUGAAGGCCAUUAACAUUCAAUGUUUGUACUAUCAUAUCAAUAUUUGUGAUAAAAUAUGUAUUGUUCCCUAGCUGUUUAUUAAUUGACUAUGCUUUUAAAAACACAGAAUCUGUUGCCUUUCACAAUUGCAUGAUUUGAU